CUUCUUUCAGAGCGCGGACGACGGCCAAGGCAGCGGGAUGUAAUGAUGGCAUGAGAACUGCCAGGGUAAUCCCCGCCUAGACUUAAGAUAGUCCGCACGCAAUGGUCGAGCCGAGCAUCCCGAGCCACAUGGAGAUGGCACCUCAUGCAUACACUUCCCCGGUUCUAGUGGCCCCCCGGGAGCCCCCCAGGUUCCCGGUAUAGGGGGUUUGGCACCGGAAGAGCAAAAAGGAAAAGCCUUUCUUCCGCUUCUUCAGGACGCGAAGGAAGACUGCGUUGGAACGCGUUGCGGAGGAGAACGAGAAGCUCCGGUGCUGCCUAUGCAUCGUGUCGUGAAAUCUAAGUGCAUUACAGCAAAUCAUGUGAUACUGUUGUGGCCUCCGCGUGAACAGGUCUCAAGGCUUAUCAUGACGCUAUGUACUCAGUCAGUAGUCCAUGGAUAGAUAGACUCGCAGUGUAAGCUUUUAUAACUUUGCCUUAAUGCAGACAGUGAAGAGGGUCACUUGAAAACUAGUGAUUUAGUUACAGGGAAAAAAGAAGAGAACAAGCAGGGAACGAAACCAAAACAAACCUCCGAUUUUUGUUCCCUUGGCACUUGCUCAGAGUGCCAUACAGCCAGGAAGUGAAAUUUAAGCGUGGGUCAGGAGAGGUGUUUUAAACUGGCUCUGUUUGUGCUGCUCCCGUCAUUCCGCCACCGUGGCAGGGGUGGGCGGGGGCACGGCGUUGGCAGGGGGGGCGGCAGGCCCUGAUAAUAUGGCCGACUUGCAGGACAGACAAGUUGUUUUUGAUCGCCUCAAGCGUCGUCUUUCAAACUACCGGCAUAAUCACAACUCUGUCACUCAGCGCUACGAUACUUCCAUUGACCUGGUGUACUCGAGUGAGCAAAAGCAGACGUCGAUUCUGAAACAAAGGCAUAUCGAGUCCAAAGCGAAGAAGUCCAAUAAGAAGACUACCGAUAAUAAGAAGCAGGAUAAUUCCUCCUUACUAGCCACGAUGGGGCAAUCGAAGAUGCUCGCCCGCGGGCACGACCAGACCACGUCGUCUGGCGAGAGCCACGAGAACGAGCCAGCGGCCAAGAAGCAGCGGCUCAACAACGGGGCGCCUCCGCACGGCGGGCCCCACGGCGCCACGCACGCCGCCACCUCCCAUGGAGGGCCGCCCCACGUGGGAGGGCCCCAGGCGAGCGGGGCCGCUGGAGACAUCAACAAUUUCCAGAUGGUGCAGCAGCUGCCCAACAUGAAGAAGACCAACUCGCCAGUCCCCGCGGGCGCAGGUCCGGCGGGCGCCACUACCUCGGCCUCGAACGGCCCCCCUGUAGAGGAUGUCAAGAAGGAGCAGCAGGACCUGGACAUUGCUCUCUUGGAUGACAUCGAAGACUUUAGUAACAUUGGUGAUAUUGAAGACAUGGGGAUUAAUUUUGACCAGUUUAUGAGUGACCUAGAUUUUGAUAAUAUCAAACAGGAAAAUAGUAACUCUGGUUUGUGUGACCUUGUGAAAGAGGAAUCCGCGGAGAAUUUGUUUGAUAACGAGCCCUCUAGUGUAAGUAGUGAUAGUGGUGUUGCGAAUGGUAAUGCUAGUGCCCAGAGUCCCCAGGUAACUAUGAACAAGACCGGGGGGGCGUCCACGACCGCGGCCUCCCCCGUGUUCCCGCAGUACCCAGGAACUCCCCCAGUGUCUCACACCUCGACCCCACCUACCUCCUUCACCCCUACCACGUUCAACCCCACCUCCACCACCAGCACCUCUGGCUCCCCGACGCCAUUCUCUGCCACCAGCAGCGUGCCAAAAAUGCGUGUGACCAUGAACAUGGGUCAGUCCGACAUGAUUCCGGCCGCCCAGACCCUCAAGCAGAUGGCCGAGCAGCACCAGAUCAAAAUGGUGUCGUCCGGACCGAACAAUGUGCGGCCGAGUUUCCCGGAAUACCAGUUGAAUAACAUGAACAAUCCUGCAGCUGGAGGCAUGAUGAUUCAGCAGGGUGGUAUCAAUAAUCAAAUGUAUAAUAGUAACAUGAAUCAAACAAAUGCCAUGUACAACAAUCAAAAUAGUGGUAUGAGUGAAAUGGAAAUGAAGAAGCACCAGAUGAUGCAGCAGCAGAUGGUGCACCACCAGCAGCAGCAACACACAGCAGCAGCAGCACACAACAACACAACAGCAGCAGCAACGCAGGCAGCAGCAGGCGCAGCAGCCCAGUCCAACCCCCAGCAGCAGACCACCACGCAGCAGCAAGCCCAAAUGCCCGCGGGAAUGGUGGGCGGCUACCAGAACCGAAUGUCGCCCAUGGGCUCGUACCCCAACACCUCCCAGCCUGGCACGCUCAACCCUCAACAGUACCAGAUGCCGGGGGCGAUAGGGGGCGUGAGAGGGCCCUUCCCAGGGGGUCCUCGGGGGCCGUCGCCCAUCCCACCUGGCUCGCAACCAGGGGGGCCCUCGCCCAUGUCUGCAGGUGGACAGCUUGGAGGCCAGAUGGGAGCAGAAGGCAAGAUGAACAACGAAAUGUUCUACCAGAGCCAGAUGCCCGGGCAGUACGGGCAGCCUCCACGAUACCCGACCCAGCAGCUGAUUGGGCCCGGGGGCAUGAUCCGACAUGUCAACCCGGCAGGCGGUCAGAUGAUGGGCCAGAUGUCCCGGCCUCCCCCGCCUGAGUACAGACAAGUUGCGCUGAUGCCCCAGCAGUCCAUGAUGGGUCAGCCAAUGGGGCAGCCCAUGAGUCAGAUGGGCCAGGGCAUGGGUCAGAUGACUUACCCAGCCAUGCGAGCGGGCAUGAGACCAGGCAUGGUGAGUGGCCCCAUGGUCAACAUGGGCUCGGGGCAGAUGAUAGGUAGCAUGACGCAGCAGACGUUACCACCAAAUAUGCCCACCAUGAAACCAGGUAUGGUACCUCCCACCACGACUAUGAACCCUUCUGUCACCAUGGCCAAUAGCACCAUGACAGGUGCUUCUAUGGCAACCAUGACAGUGGGCACCAUGUCUGCAAGUAACAUGAACAGCAGCAUGGGCCAGGGAGGCGCUGCAGGAACGAUGGGCAUGGUAACUCGCUCACCUAUCACCAGCCAAGGAAUGCUGCAGCGGCCGAGGCCUCCCAACGUCAACAUUGGCCCUGGCCCUGGAGGACUCAACAUCGGCACGCAGAUGCCUCCAUCACGGCCAGAGUGGCGGCAGAUCAUGAUGCAGGGAAGCCAAGGCAACAUGCAGAUUGUGGGGCCCAUGAGACCCGGCUAUCCGCAGCAGCAGCCUCAGCAAGGCGGAAUGAUGAGCCAAGGCGGCCAGAUGAUGGGGAUGCAGCGGCCGACUAAUCAGAUGAUGAACAUGAUGGCCAUGCAGCAAGGCCAGUCCAUGCAAGGAGGGCCUGGUAUGCAGGGAGGUCCUGGCAUGCAACCAGGACCGGGAAUGCAACCUGGACCUGGGAUGCAGACCGGACCGGGAAUGCAACAAGGGCCUGGCAUGCAACCCGGAAUGCAAGGAGGACCGGGAAUGCAGGCUGGCCCUGGGAUGCAAGGUGCCCCCGGAAUGCAGGCUGGGCCAGGGAUGCAACCGGGCAUGCAAGGAGGCCCUGGUAUGCAAGGUGGCCCGGGUAUGCAGGGUGGCCCGGGCAUGCAAGGAGGUCCAAGAAUGCAAGCAAACAUGGUUGCAAUGAGUCAGCAGACCCAGGCAGAAUCAGCUAAGGUACGGCAGCCAUCUCUUUCAAGUGUCAAAAAGGGUCGGAUGGGGAUGCAGAUGAGUCAGGCCGGAGGAAUGGGAGGUGCCCAAGUUACCUCUCAGUAUCCAGGCCAGCAGGGGCAGAUGACCACCAUGGGUCAGAUGCCCACCGGCCCCAACCAGAUGAUGGGCAACCCAGCGGCCCAGGGCAGGAACCCAGCAGCUAUGUCGGGCAUGGCUGGCUCUCGAAGUCCAGCUGCUAUGGCUCAGAUGAGUGGAACAGGCCAUCCGAUGAGUCCUGCAAACCGAGGGCAGAUGGGAGGAGCUAGUCCUGUAAACAUGGGCCAGAUGAGUGGUCCAGGCCAGGCCCCCAGUCCAGCCAACAUGGGUGGCAUGGCCCAUCCACGAUCUCCUGCCACAAUGGGCCAGAUGCACCCACGUAGUCCGGCUACCAUGGGCCAGGGUGGACCUUCGAGACCACUCAGCAACCCUGGAAUGGGUCAGGGUGGGCCCACGCGACCCCUUAGCAAUCCAGGCAUGGGUCAGCAACAAGGGCCGACGUCCCAAGCUGCCAUGGGCGCAGCAGCCAUGGGAGUGCAGCCGCCUGGAAGCACAGCUGGUGCCAUGAACCGUGGAUCCCCUGGAGGAAUGAACCAAAACCCCAGCGGUCCCCCCGGCUCCAGACCAGGCCAGAGCCCCAUGAGCCAGGGACAGUCGAUUCAGGCUCCAGGGAACGGACCGCAGGCUAAUAUGAACAGAGUCAAAAGUGGCCCUGCAGCAGUGAACAGUGGACCUAAUGCACCUCAAACUUCAGUGGCCAGUCAAAGGUCAAACAGUGAUGGUAAUAACAGUGUACGGACAUCACAACCUUCAACCCCCAACCCGCCCACCUCUAGCAGUAAUGCAUCAGCCGCAGACUUUGAAUUUGACUUUGGUGAUUUUGCAUCCUUGAUAACUGACUAAGGUGGCUCUGGGGCUGGGUCUGGUGACUCGUGUCACUGCUGUAUAUAUGAAGCAUUCCUGUAGAAGUGUUAUAUAGUGUACAGUCUUAAUUAUUCUUAUUCUUAUUUCAUUAUUAUUGAUAAGAUAUUAUUAUUAUUAUUAUAAUUAUUAUCAUUCAUUAUUAUUAUUCAUUAUUAUCAUUCAUUAUUAUUAUCAUUAUUAUUAUUAUUACUAGAUAACCAUUUUUUAUGAUAAUUAUUAUGAUUACUAUUAUUGAAUGGUCCAAGAAUUGAGAGAAAACAAGUGUAAUGUAGUGUAAUGAAAGGACUUGCCAUAUCACUUAGUGUUACUGCCAAGUAUUAAACCCAAGACCACAAGUGCGGCCCAGUGUUGACAGCGGUGGAAGUGCUACAUUCCAUGAUCCCUACAGCAGGGCAAAGCUAAAGUCUACACCCUCAGUAUGCGGCAUCCUAUGAGUCCUAAUCCAACCUGCCAUGCUAAGCCAACCUGGGUAAAUCAGCUGAGGAACAAAAGUAUUCAGCCUUCUUCCAGUUUCAUUGAAUUUGUGUCAAGAAUUGAGUGGGCUUGGAUCAGGAGCCAAGAUGCCUAGGUUGGUGUUCUUGUUAAUGAUGGCAAUCCUACUUGUAAAGGACCUUCAUCUUCCUUGGAAAAGAUGGAAAGUGGGUUCAAAAGAGCAGCCGCCAGAGGCUUGACAAAUCUGGGUUAAUCAUAUUCCUCUCCAUGACAUGGGCCUUGGAGUUCAUUGAAAUCCAACUAGAUGCAGUGUUUUGUUCAGAUUUGAUAUUCAUGGUUAGUAAGUCCUCUGUGAGCAUCUAUGUUGAUUUUUAUCAGACAAAGUAUCAGUGCAAAUGUUGAAAGAAGUGUGCAUAUGUUAAAAAAGUAUAUAGGCUUGAACUGCAAGGUCCUAUUUGUGCCAAGUAUGUGUACAAAACUAAUGAUUUGUGACAUAAACAAGUUGUAUUGUUUAACAAAGACACUGUCCUCUGUUGUCAACUGAGAGUGUUGGUUCACUAUGCCCCAGCAAGAUGAAUAGCAAUGUACUCAAUGUAGGUGAUUUUGUAGACUUUUCCUACUAUUGUAAAUUAGGAUCACAAAGAACACCCUUUUUUCUAUCAAGUAGACUUUCCACAACCAUCACUUCCAUUUCCUCUCAGUAUGUCUCCUCCCUUCCUCCACUACCACAACCUCCCCUUACUGCCGCCACGUGUCCCACAAUGCAGUUCAGGCCUUUGGGAGAGAUCCGCCACUGUCAGUAGUGAGUAAAUUAAUUCGUCCAGAGGAAAUCAGUUAUGUACGUGUUGAUGGGUUGACUUUGAAUAUUUACAUUAAAAUAACGAUAUUUUGGAAUAUCACCUAGACCUCCCAAAUCCUGAUUUCACUGCUAACAAUUGAAGUGCAAUGGUAAGAUACCGAAGCUAAGCAUGCCUUAUUUUCCACUUGCACACAUCUAUCUCCCUAGCACCAAAGGCAAUGGAUGUGGUAGCUGCGGCUCUUGUGGGUUGUGCUUGGACAGUGAUUAGACACCAGUAUUAUCUUUACUAAACUCCAGCACACACUGCACUUGUUGAUGCUUAUCCCAUACCAAUUUGCCCAAAACCAUUAGUCUAUGCAGUAUUAGUACCAUUGUUUAUUUUGUCAUAGUUAAAAAAGGAUUUUUACCCUGAAGAUUUUUUACAAUUGAGUAUCAUCCCAAAGUAUUUACAAGAUAUGGAGAUUUAGGCAUGAAAAAGCUUCAAUUUAACACUGGAAAGAAACACAAAACUAAACUAUUUUUAUAUGUGACUUGUGCAGCAUAGGACAAGAAAGACAUUGUGCUGAGUCUGCAUUAUUGCAACAUAUUCCUGUCAUAGAACUUCUCUCUGUUGGGCUUUGUUGUGCUGCUUGGUUAUUAUGUACAGCAUUAUCUUCACCCAGUGAUUCUCAGGUAUUUUUGCAGUGAUACAACCCUCCAACUUAUACAUUAUCCCCAUAAAUGAUUAUAUAUUUAUUUCCUUCUGUAAACAUUUCAUACGCUCAUUAUUCUUUGAUCAGCUGCAACGUCUCUUCAGUAGUUGUCAUUAUAUUCUGGAGCCUAUUCAGGGAUAUGACAUUCUUCAGGUGCAUUUCCUUCCAUAUACUUUUUUCUCUUGGAGUCGCACAACAAAACCAACAGAGGGGAAAGAGAAGCACGGGCCCUCUGCUGCAGUCCUGCAACGAGAAUCACACCCUGCAGAUGUAUACCAUAUUGACCACAAGGACAGGAAAAAGAAUGUAUACUCUGAAAAUGGAAUUCUCUAUAUAUAUAACAUUAUAUUCUUGUCAGAGUAUUUGAUGCUGGUCGUUCAUGGGCGUGCUUCUCACAGUUGUCUGGGUGGCAGUACGGCAACGUGAACACAGGUCCUUCCUUGAGUGCGUGCUACACGUUCGCCAGUGUACAAACUUGUAGGUAAUAGUCCAUCAUAUAAAGGAAUGAAGGGGAGGUACUGACUUGUCCAUUGGCAUCAUUUUCUUAUUUGAAAUCAUGACAUUUAAGAACCAACAAAUAAAAGAGGAAAAGAAAAAAAAAAAAAAGUUUUAGGAAAUGUUAUAGGCAAGACCAUUCUUCCAUAUCAUUUGUAGGAUCUCCAGAAAGUAUCGUCUAUUAAGAGGAAAAUAUGACUUCAUGUAAGGGAAUGAUUUCUGGCCAGAUCAGUAGUUGCCCAUAAACGUGCCUAUGAAGUCAGUGAAAACAUUGGUUGUGUAGCAAGUAUCUUUUCCAGAAUACAUAUUUUCUGAAUGUUUGUUAAAGUUCAAAGUGUACAAAUUAAGCCCUAUUUUAAGUGGCAGUGUGUUUUCACUGAUUUUAGGUACAUCAGGUUUUAUAAUGCAAAUUAGAAGUUUGUACAUAAGUGACACAAUCAUAAAUUAUGAGACUUUGGUAGUUUGUGUCACCAACAUUUGUUUUCCAAAUUUCGUAGUGGAAGUGAGCCUUACAAACCAACUACCCAAGGCUCAUAAUCGGUGAUACUAUCACAUCUUUUACUGAAGAUGGGCAUCAAAGCAUUUGAAAAUACUUCUUCUUCUCGACACUUUUUUACAAAUUAUUUUCGUUUACUGAUAUAGAAUAAAAGAUAGAAAAAUUGAUUAUUUUUAAAUUUUUUACAAAACUAUUUUAGCAUGGUAGUAUUGAUUUGGACUUUCGUAACCCUUGUUCUCUCCUAGAAAAAGAUCAUGAAGACAAAAUGAAUUCGAGUGACACAGUUUGAAUAAGAUUUAAUAAGCUCAUUUAAAUGAAAUUAAAAUGACACUUUCUACCUAAGGUGCAGCAUGGCUUUUGCUAUUGCAUAUUUAAUUUUAAUAUCAUAUACAGGUUUCUUUAAAUCUUCUUUGUAUUUUCUUACUGUACUUAUUUUAUCAUAGUUUUUAUAAAUAUACAUCAAAGGUGUGUUAUUUUGUAUAAGCAUGUGUCUGCAACAUAGUUAUCAUAGUCAUCAUUCAGAAUAGUGAGAUUCCAGAAGAGUCUGGGUUUAUGUUUGUGAAAUUCAAUUUUCCUCUCCUUCCACUCUGUACCUGUCAUCUCGUUUCCACCAGUCAUGCUUUGAUUGCCCGGAGGAGGUUAAUAUCUGGAGUUCAGAUAGAAAUUUUGUCACCUGGGGUUGCCUGUGGUCAGAUUUCUCACUCCCCGUGAUUCCCUAUGUGAUCAAAGGUAAAACUGGAGAGCGCAUUAGAUUUGUCUGAACUACAGGUGUACUCGAAUCAGAUUCUUCUCGUGACCCCCAGACAGUGCCGCACCGCCACCACGACAGUGUCUUGCAUCACCUCGCAUCGUUUCAUCGACUGCACCCCAGCCACCUUUGAAAUCUUGAAGCAGAAAGGCUGUGCUUAUUGUCAGGACUUGAGAACAGUAUUCCUUUUUAAUGUAUUUAUAUAUAUCUAUAUAUAUAUCUCUCUCACCCUUCUGGCUGUACUUGGUGCAUUUUAAUAUUAUUCCUUGUAAAUAUUUUACAGACAAGAGGCUGUUUUUAUGCAAGCUACUGAUUGUUCUGACUAUCUCUACCAUCACCUGUGAUACCUGUGGUAUUGAAGGUAAUGAAAACCCAAGUCUGCCACACUGGGAAUGAUACCAUUUUAUUAUUUUCUUUCUAUUAUCAUCAUUACUAUUGUGUUAAUUUUCCUAAGUUUAGCAGCCCAAGUGACAAACAAGAAACAAAGGUCGCUGAGGUGUUUGUACCACAAUAAUUGUGGUACAACAUUUAGUUGAGGAGGCGGCUCUGGUAAACUCUGUGAGCACAUUCCUCGAUCCCGCCGUGUCUUGUUGGCUGGUAACUGGCAUAGUGUAAGAUAUGAGGAUUGCCGAUACAGCAGAUGGAAGCUCAAGGGGCACAGAAAAUGAGCAUUUCGUGAAGCAGAAACUUGCUCUAGAGAUGCAGUGAAUGACUGUAUUCUAGGGCAUAGGUUUAGGGGGAGAGCUGUAGCAAGAACACCACCAAGCCAAGGACGAAGAAACAGGAAGGUGGGUGCGGCACACUGACCCCCUGGCCACACCUGUGACCAGAUGAUCUCAGCCGACGUACUUAGGUCACAAAGUCAUUUGCUUUGUAUCAUGUCAUCCACCGGCUGGCAUGCCAUCCUUGCAGAUAUGUACAUAUUGUUGUCAUUUCAAAUGCAAUAAAAUAGUUUCGGUCA